UCGCGAAGCCUCCAUUCCUUACCUCCACUCUAUUCUCCAACGCGACACCGCGCAGACGCACGCACAGCCUCUUUUCGCCGCGAGAAUCGCCUCGCUUCUCUUCUCCUAUCCUCUCCUGCAACUCUCGAAAUUAUUCUUAUUCUAUCUUUAAUUCUUCAUCCUCUAAUAACUAGCUUCAUGAACCAGUUGAUUAUGAGAUGAGAGAACUCCAUUACCAUUUAUUGUUGGAUAAUUAGUUAAUUACCUUCGAUAUGCUUCGUCUCUGUAUCGGUAGAACCCGACGUUUCCCACUUCGAUUCUCCUCUUCUUCUUCGUCUUCUCGUCCACUCGGAAACCCUAUCGACUCCCCAAAAGACCUCCAAAAUCCCCAACAUGUCCCUUCCCCCCCUCCUCCAGUCCUCCAUCACCCCGCUUCUCUUCUCUCUACCACCACCACCACCUCUGCUUUCACUCGCAAAUCUCUCCUCGCCCUCUCCGCAGCUCUAUUCUCCGCCAUUAUCGCCUCCGCCGCCCUAAUCUUCGCUGACGAAGAUCGAUUCAAGCGUACAACCAUCGAUAUCUACGCUGAUCUCGAACACUCGGUCGAGCGCUCCAAUGAAUCUUUCAAGAAGGUUCUCCACCAAAUGAAGCAGACCGGCGUCGCCGCCUCUGUUCUCUUGAAGUCCUUGAGUUCUGUCUUAUCGUCGGCGAACCAGGAAGUCCGUUCCGGCUUUGAACUCAGGGUUGCGGCUCUUCUUGCCGACAUUGCUGCGGCCAAUGAGAGUCGCAGGUUGGCGAUCGUUGGUGCCGGUGGUGGCGCUGUAGUGGAUUGGCUCCUCGAGACCGUUUCUUCUUCGGGUGAUAAUAACUCAGGCACCCAAGCUGAGGCUGCGAGGGCUCUCUCCCACUUGAUUGCUGACCCAAGUGUGGGCCACGCCGUGCUUGGACGUCCCCACGCUAUUCCAUAUCUUCUGAGGUCGAUAUUUUCUAUUCAGCCUCAUCGCUCCAAGAAGCAAAUUAGACGAAGUUCAUUUGAUGCUUCUGAUACUUUGAAAGGUCGGAGCAUGCUUGUUGCUGCCAUCAUGGACAUUGUCACUUCCAACUGUGAUAGCUUAGACAAAACUACGUUUCGACCAUUGCUACCUGGAAAUGCUGAUAUGAGGGACAUUGCGGCUGUCAUUCAGGUAAUUGAGGAAGGUGGCAUGCACAUUGAUGCGCCGCUUGGUGAUGACAAUGAUGAGGAUGGUGGGAAGGGACUUCGGGGUAUUGGAAUUAAAGUUCUUGGAGGAACGACUGUGCUAGGAUUUUCGAGAAGUGAUGAAUCUGAUGUGAAUUACUUAGAAUCAGUUGGGUCUAUUCCUAGACCAAUUAAAUUGCUGGAAAAUCAUGAUAGUUCGCUUGUGCAAGCGAAUAUAGCUUCUGGUUUUACUCCAGGGCUCUGGGAUGAUUUGCAGGGUCAACAUGUUGCUGUGCCUUUCGCAGCAUGGGCCUUAGCAAAUUGGGCAUCGGCAUCAAACCUUAAUCGAUCACAUAUUCAAGAACUCGAUCAAGAUGGGCAUGCUGUCAUGACUGCUUUGGUGGCGCCUGAGAGGACUGUCAAAUGGCAUGGAAGUUUGGUCGCUAGGCUGUUGUUGGAAGAUCAUAAUUUACCAUUAAGCAAUUCUGUUCCCGAUUGGAGCUCCAUUCUUCUUUCUACUGCUUCUCAGUCAAGUAAAUCGGAAGACAUUGCUUUGGCUCGGAUGGCUUUAUCGGCUUUUCUUGUUUCAGUUCAGAGAAGUCCUGAUGCACAAAAUGUAGUGAUGGAGAAGGGUCUUCAUCUAAUGAGAGAAACCGCUAAGAAGACUCAAAAGCAUAAGCAUGUACAAGAAGCAUUGGCAAAAGCUUUGGAAUUGCUUUGUACUGGAGACAAGCAUUUAUCUCUCGAAGAAAGCCAAAAAUGGUCCAGUAUCCUUCUGCCUUGGGUUUUUGGAAAAUUCUCAUCAGACACCAUACGGUUUUCAGCUUCUGAAAUCCUGUCACGCAUUCUUGAAGACUAUGGGCCAUAUUCAAUCCCAAUUUCUCAAGGAUGGUUGGCUCUGUUGCUCACUGAGGUUCUGGGUUUGAGCAAGACAACAUCAAUGAAAGGAACCAAAGAGCCUAAAGACGAUAAAGUGAAGACUCAUAUUGAUCAUUCAAAUGCUGCUUCUGCCACACAGAUUGCGAGUCAAUUAGUUGGUGCUGUUGUUAAUCGUGCAGGAAAGCAGUUGGGUACAGCCACUGAUUCUGUUGAUGUAUUUCCUCUCGCAGAUCUUCUUUCUCUAGAACCAUUUACUGGUCCAUUCAAAAAGAUGAAAAAAAAUGGUUUGCCCAAGUUUGAUGCUGCAGAUUCUGCAGUGGCUACACUUAAGGGUAUUAAAGCACUGUGCGAAGUUUGCGAUGAAGAUUCUGUUGCCCAAAACAAAAUAGCUGAUUUUGGGGUAUUGUGUUUGCUGAGGCGCUUCCUAUUGCGGGAUGAUUAUGAACAGCUGGCUGCUAUUGAGGCAUAUGAUGCAUCAAGAAUCCGUGAGAUGCAGGACCAAGCUGCAAAUGCCCCUUCUGAAGCCACUGCUUUAAAUUCUAAUGAUUCUUCCAGUGUCCGAGUUCCUCCCACAGCUCAUAUUCGAAGACAUGCUGCUCGGCUGCUCACCAUUCUUUCUGUUCUCCCAAAGGUUCAGAAGGUUGUUGUAGCGGAUGAAACUUGGUGCAGAUGGCUUGAAGAUUGUGCCAAUGGGAAAAUCCCUGGUUGCAAUGAUCUUAAAAUUCAAAGUUAUGCAAGGGCAACACUGUUAAAUAUUUUUUGCUCACGGAAAGGUGAUGAAAAUCCUGUAGAUGAUAAUGUUCCUGAUGUAGGUGCUCGGAUCCAGAGUAGUAUGUAUCCCUACUAUGAUGACAUGAUAUUUUUAAUCAAUCCUGAGCUGCCACAUUGGAAAUGUCCUGAAAAAACUGGUUCAGAUGCAGGUCAACCAGAGUUUCCAGCUUCAAAGAAACCAAAUUGUAAUGAUAAUGCAUCUGCAUAUCAUGAUGAAUCUGUUAACAGUGAUGGUAGGUCUGUUAUUGGAUAUUCAGAUGAUACAGGUGUCUCUCAUGCUACUGUGUCUGGCAAACUCUCACAGUCAGAGGUUCCUUUACUGGAUGUUGUUUUUGUUCAUGGUCUGCGUGGUGGGCCUUUCAAAAGUUGGCGCAUUUCAGAGGACAAGUCCUCAACUACUAAAUCUGGUCUGGUAGAGAAUAUCGAUUUGGAUGCUGGAAAAGAGGGAACAUUUUGGCCUGGAGAAUGGCUUCCAACUGAUUUUCCUCGUGCUCGUUUAUUUAGUGUUAAAUACAAGACAAAUCUGACUCAGUGGUCUGGAGGAGCUAGCCUGCCUCUUCAGGAAGUCAGCUCGCUGCUGCUAAAGAAACUUACUGCUGCAGGCAUUGGGAAUCGACCUGUUGUGUUUGUGACUCACAGCAUGGGAGGCCUGGUUGUUAAGCAGCUUCUGUUCCAAGCAAAGGCGGAUAACUUGAAUAAUUUUAUCAACAACACCAUUGGAGUUGUUUUCUAUAGCUGUCCACAUUUUGGCAGCAAGCUUGCAGACAUGCCUUGGCGGAUGGGCUUUGUUCUUCGUCCAGCUCCCACUAUAGGAGAGCUAAGGAGUGGAUCUCCGAGACUGAUAGAGCUUAAUGACUUUAUUCGUCACCUUCAUAAUAAAGGAUUGCUCAAGGUUCUCAGUUUCAGCGAGACCAAGGUAACUCCACUUGUUGAAGGUUAUGGAGGAUGGGCAUUCCGAAUGGAAAUUGUACCAAUUGAAUCUGCAUAUCCUGGGUUUGGUGAACUUGUUGUAUUAGAGUCGACUGAUCACAUAAAUUCCUGCAAGCCACUCAGCCGCACAGAUCCAUCCUACACAGAGACAUUACAGUUCAUGCAGAAGCUAAAAGCCCAUUGUACAUGAAGAGAUAUUUGGUUCUGUAAAUUUGGCACAUGGCCCUUGUGUA